AAGUCUUAUAUUAGCUUUAACUUAACUGAGAAAUCCGAGCUACUUCUCUCUAAAGUACUUAAUUACUUUAACUUGAUCCUUAGUAACUUUAGCUAUAUCUGGAUCCAGGAGAAGUAUUUAAUAAAAGCUAUUUAUACUAUAAAAGAUAGCUUACUUAAGCCUGAUACCUUCUCUGAAUAUUAUCUUCUGGGCUUUCUGCUCAGUAUCUCUAUAUUUCUAAUAGUCUUUAAUUACUUCUAUAACUAUAUAGCAGAAGAACUAAAAUAUAUUAAUAAGGGGGAAAGGUUCAGUCUAAAUCUACAGCUGAGUAAGGAAGAUACUAAGAGAGAGAAACUAAAGGUCUAUACUUUUCCUAGCUUAGAGUAUAAUAGCUCUAGCUUCUUCAGAACUAAGAUCCUGGUAAAGCUUAUUAUAGAGAGUAUAUAUAAUAUUAGUAGUAAAUACCCCCCUUCUUUCUACCUACUAAAUAUUCUAUUUAUA